UCCGAACAGUUGCUCGGCAACGCGCCUCCUCACUUCCGUCCGGGACCAGUCGCCGUUCAGCGGCCUGCGGAGAAGGAGGGAAAGAUGUUGUCCGUCCCGGGCUCGGCAAGCGGCCCUCCGCCAGGCUUCGAGGCCGGGUCGGGAGCGGGCUCCGGCAGCGACUUCCUCACCCGCUACCGGCUGGUGUCGGCCAAGCUGCGGCGGCGCUUCCUGCGCAAGCCCAACGUGUCUGAGGCGGCCGAGCAGUUCUCGGCGCUGGCGCGGGAGCUGCGGGCCCAGGAGAGCCUGCCCUACGCGGCCUGGUGCCAGCUGGCGGUGGCGCGGUGCGCGCAGAGUCUGGGCCACGCGGCGGGCGAGGCGGCGGCGCUGGGUGAAGCGGCGCGGCUGUGGCUGCGGCAGGAGCGGGAGCUGCGGCUGCGCCAGGGGCCCGGGCUGGGCCUGGCCGAACACCUGCCGGCCGCCCAGAGCUGCGUGGCCUUCGGCGCCCGCCUGCGCCUCGAGCUGGGCCAGCCGGCUCUGGCGGCGGGGCUGUGGCUGGAGCUGGGCGACGAGCUGCGCGCCGCCUCCGAGCCGGGCCAGGCCGUGCCGGCUCUCCUGCGCGCCGCCGACCUGCUGGCCGCCGCCCACCUGCCCCUGGAAGCGGUGCGCUGCCUGCGCGACGUCGCCUCCUGUCUGCUGCUGUGCAGGGAUCACGACGGCGCCUUGGCCGCGCUCACGCAGGCCCAGGUGCUGGCCCAAGGCGGCUCAGCGCCUCCCGGAGCGACCUCGGCUUCCUCCUCCUCCUCCUCUCCUGCAAGCCUUCCGCCUGGCGCUUUCCUCGACGAGCUUCUCCAGUGCGAGGUGACCCGCGUCCUUCUCCUCCUGCUGCUCCAGCCGCCGCCCUCCAAGCUGCUGCCCGAGCACGCCCAGACUCUGGAGAAGUACUCCUGGGAGGCCCUGGAUGCUUCCCCCGGCUACUUGCCCCCCGAGCUUUUCCUGCUGCUCCAGUCCGCCGUCAUGGCUUGCCAGGAGAAAGAUCUGGAGGCGCUCAAGGUGCUGCAGAAGGAGCUUUGGCCGCUGCUUACUGCGGAGCAGAACCACCUCUUCCAUUUGGUCCUGCAGGAGAUGAUCACCCCUUCUGGCCAGGGGUUCUGAUCAGUGACUCCUUUCUUUCCAAGCCUGGUGCAUCUCAUGUCACAGGGAUGUCGGAGCUGGUCCUGAGACUCUGGGACAAGGUCUUGUUUUUAGCCAUGGAGGGCCUUCCGUGGAAACAUCCUGAAGGAAGUUUGCUAAUCAGAGCUGAUCCUAAGGAGUGAUGCUUCCUUCCCUUGUCCAUCUGCUUUCUAUCUGUUCCUGAAUCUGCCACACAUAUUUGCCCAUUAUUGCUUGGUUGUUGUUAAGGAUCUGAAAGAACCACAUCAAAACUCAAGAGUGUUGUCCUUAAGGUGGCAUUGCCUUUUUGACUCUACAAGAUGUUUCUUGCUGUUUACCCGCAUGUGAUUCUUCAACCUUGUUGUAAUCUUUCUCAUAGCUGCUCAUAGCUGAAGUGAUAACAUGGAAUGUUCCUUCUGUUUACAAUGAGAAUAUGUAUAUUUAGGAAAGGUUUAGGUUAAUUUUGGUAAUGUCAGCAAUCAUAUCUUCAUUUACUUAAAGACAACAUUAACAAAUAUGUGAAUAGUCUUCAACACGCCAAAAUGAGAACUUCAAAGUUUUUUCCAUUAAAUCAAAUCUGAAAAUUUUA